UUUAUAGCCUACAUGUAGUAAGAAAAUCACAGAAAAACAAACACCGAAUAUUUUCACAAAAUAAUGGUGACCCUCAAGUCUACUUCCACCAUCUUUCCGAGCAAGCCUACACCGGGAGGCGUAUUACAGUUAUCAGAGAACGACCAAAAAAUGCAAUGGACUCAUGCACCUCUCAUCUCUAUCUACAAAACCACCAGCGACAACAAUGAAAAACCAACAACACUCGAGACUCUGAAAGACUCCCUGAGCCGUGCAUUGGUUCCCUAUUACCCACUAGCUGGUCGACUACGCUGGAUUCAUGGUGGCCGACUGGAACUCCAUUGUAAUGCCAAGGGAGCGCAGCUAUUGGAAGCUUAUUCAGAAGCAAAACUGGAUGAACUUGGCGACUUUGCGCCUACAAAGGCAGUCGAAGAUUUGAUCCCUAAGGUUGAUUAUGGUAGUCCGAUUGAGGAUUGGCCCUUGAUGCUGGUGCAAGUCACAAGGUUUAGCUGCGGUGGUCUCUGUGUUGGAACAGCCAUUUCCCACACAAUGGUUGAUGGAUGGUCUACAGCUAAAUUCUUCAACGCAUGGGCCAAGUUGGCACGAGGAGAUGAAUUGGAGGAGAAUGAGAUGCCUUUCCAUGAUCGCACCAUAUUACGAUCAUCCGAACCACUUCUGCCUCCACGCUUUGAGCAUAUAGAGUUCACAAAACCACCACUCCUACUAGGACACACUGAUGCCAAAGAGGAGCAGAUGAAAGAAACUUGUGCCACCAUAUUGAAAGUCACCAAAGAGCAAGUCCAGGGACUAAGGAAAAAAGCCAACGAGAUCCCACAUCAAGACAUGGAAAUGGUGGUGACACGACCUUAUUCUCGAUAUGAAGCAGUCGCUAGCCACUUAUGGAGGUGUAUAUGCAAGGCACGAGCGAGUGACAACUCUCAACCAACAAGACUUUCCUUAGGGCUUGAUUAUCGUAGCCGCUUGAAGCCGUCUCUCCCCCUAGGAUACUUUGGCAACACAGUUCUUCACCCAGUGACAUCAACAUGUGUCCAUGGCGACCUAUUGUCCAAGCCACUUAGUUAUGCUGCUGGAAAAAUAAGGGAAGCCAUCGAUCGUAUGACAGACGAGUAUAUAAGGUCUGCUCUUGAUUUUAUAACUAGCCAGGAGGAUGUGAGUCCUUUGAGAAGUGGCUUCCAUAUUCGUGCAUACACAAAAACACCUAAUUUCUUAGGAAAUCCCAACGUUUCUGUUGGAAGUUGGAUUAAUUUGCCAUUUUAUUGUGUGGAUUAUGGAUGGGGGAAGCCAAUAUACGUCGGUCCGGGAUUAUUAAAUGAUGAUGGCAAGUCGUUCAUCAUGUCAAGUCCAGCUGCUGAUGGAUCUCUCCUCAUAGCACUUCGUUUGCAAACAGAAUACAUGGAUUCUUUUAAGAAGCUCUUCUAUGAGGACAUCCAUUGUCACCAAGCGAAGCUGUAAAAAUCCCGAAACUUAAUUACAAGCACUCAAUUAAAUAAUAGUAUCGUUUAUCUGUAGAAUAUGUGGGAAAAGGAGGCGGGCUAUUCAUUGUCACCAAGGGAAGCUGUACGUGGCUUGCUAUUAUGUUGAUCUUAGGUUCCUUGUUUAUAAUUUCCUUAAGGUUGUGAUCAGUUGAGAAAGUGAUGGAUGAAAACUACAUUUGGGGUAUUA